AAUCUUUAACCAAACUAUUCAGUUCAGGUGAAAAACUCAACAAUGACAAUAUAAACACACUACUUACACAGACACACUAUAAUCUGGCAAGUGCAGCGCAAAGCGUGAUAACUGAUAAAUGGCAUUUAUGAGUGGGCUUUGGAAUUCCAUCGUCGGAGGGAACGAUAAAGAAGUGACUUGGGAGGAAAUCUCGCAGUUCUACUUCGAUAAGAAGAAGUAUUUCUCGGUGUCAGAGUGGGACAAGCAGGAGACGCCGGUGGUGUACGGGGAGGCGCAUAAGAUCUCCUUCAAUAAGGAGCGGCUGGGGUUCACGCCUAUGAACUUUGCGUCUAUCUACAAUAUUGAUACUAGGAAAGCGGAAGUCAAGAUGCCGAGCGGUCACGUGGACAAGCCAGCGAUAGAGGACAACCGUGACGGCACUGUCAGCAUCAAGUACGAGCCGCGAGAGGAGGGCGUGCAUGAGCUGCUCGUCAAAUACAACGGGGAACAUGUGCAGGGUUCCCCGUACAAAUUCCACGUGGACUCCAUCCCCUCGGGCUACGUCACGGCCUACGGCCCGGGGCUGGUGGGCGGCGUCAGCGGAGAACCGAGCCAGUUCACCAUCAGCACCAAGGGUGCUGGCGGUGGGGGGCUGUCCAUGGCUGUGGAGGGACCUAGCAAGGCUGAGAUCACAUGCCAUGACAACAAAGACGGCACAGUAUCUGUCUCGUUCCUACCGACCGCUCCCGGCGAAUACAAGGUCUCCGUCAGGUUCGGAGACAAGCACAUCAAGGGAUCCCCCUUCACUGCUAAGGUGACAGGUGAAGGUCGCAAGAGGAACCAGAUCUCCGUGGGCAGCUGCAGCGAGGUCACUCUGCCAGGGAAGAUCACUGACAACGACAUCCGCAGUCUAAACGCUUCUAUCCAGGCUCCAUCAGGCUUGGAAGAGCCCUGCUUCCUGAAACGCCUGCCGUCCGGCAACAUCGGCAUCAGCUUCACGCCGCGCGAGGCCGGCCAGCACAUCGUGUCCGUCAAGAAGAUGGGCGUCCACAUCCAGAACUCGCCCUUCAACAUCACCGUGCAGGACCAGGAGGUUGGAGACGCUAAGAAAGUUAAGGUAUCUGGCUCCGCUCUGAAAGAAGGCAAGACUCACGCUGAGAACACCUUCUCUGUGGACACCAAGAAUGCUGGAUAUGGUGGUCUUUCACUGUCUAUUGAAGGCCCCAGCAAAGCCGAGAUUCAGUGCGCGGACAGCAAAGAUGGCGUCCUCAGCAUCAGCUACAAGCCCACCGAGCCCGGUUACUACAUCGUCAACCUAAAGUUCGCUGACCACCACGUGGAAGGCUCGCCGUUCACUGUUAAGGUUACCGGUGAAGGCAGUAACAGACAGCGAGAGAAGAUCCAGAGGCAGCGCGACCAGGCGCCGCUCACCGAAGUCGGGACCAACUGCAAGCUGACCUUCAAGAUGCCUGGUAUCACGUCCUUCGACCUCGCUGCCACCGUCACCAGCCCCGGCGGCGUGUCAGAAGAUGCCGAAAUCCAGGAAGUGGAAGACGGACUGUAUUCUGUACUCUUCGUUCCCAAGGAGUUGGGCGUCCACACCGUGUCUGUCAAGUACAGGGAAAUCCAUAUUCCUGGAUCCCCCUUCCAGUUCACCGUCGGCCCCCUUCGCGACUCCGGCGCCCACUUAGUCAAGGCCGGCGGCACGGGCCUCGAGCGGGGCGAGGCCGGCCGCGUCAACGAGUUCAACGUGUGGACCCGCGAGGCCGGCGCCGGCCAGCUGGCCAUCUCGCUCGAGGGGCCGAGCAAGGCCGAGAUCGACUUUAAGGACAGGAAGGAUGGAUCGUGUGAUGUGUCUUACAAAGUCGAUGAGCCUGGCGAAUACCGCAUCGGCCUCAAGUUCAACGAGCAGCACAUCCCGGACUCCCCCUUCAAAGUGUACAUCUCCCCCGCUAUCGGCGACGCCCAUCUCCUGGAAGUGGCCCAGUUCCCCGACGCAGCGCAGGUGGACAAGCCAGCGCAGUUCUACAUCAGGCUCAAUGGGGCUAAAGGAGAUCUGGACGCUAGGGUGAUGUCCCCCUCAGGCAAAACUGACGACUGCUUCAUCCAGAACAUCGACGGGGACCAGUACAGCAUCAGAUUCAUGCCACGAGAGAACGGCGUCCACAACAUCAACGUCAAGUUCAACGGGGUCCACAUCCCCGCCUCUCCGCUCAGGAUCAAAGUGGGGAAGGAUGACGCUGAUCCCGCGGCGGUUCAUGCUCAUGGACCUGGGCUGGGGCAGGUGAAAACUGGUGUAAAGACCGACCUUAUAAUCGACACCUGCAACGCCGGCGCGGGCAACCUCGCCGUCAACAUGGACGGGCCCUCCAGGGUCGCCAUGGACUGCACAGAAGUCGAGGAGGGAUACAAGGUGCGCUACACUCCCCUGGCUCCUGGCUUCUACUACAUGAGCAUCAAGUACAACGGUCAUCACAUCGUCGGCUCUCCCUUCAAGAUUGAAGCUACUGGUGGAAACCUGGCCGAAGUCGGUGCCCAGGAGACCUCCUCAGUCUCCGUGGAAACUGUCCAGAAGGUGGCCAAGACUGGCCAGAAGCAGGGCCCCGUGCUUCCCCACUUCAAGUCCGACGCCUCCAAGGUCACCAGCAAGGGCAUGGGGCUGAAGAAGGCAUAUCUUAACAAGCAUAACCAGUUCACUGUCACGUGUAGCGAUGCUGGCAACAACAUCCUUUACGUCGGCAUCUACGGCCCCAAGGGCCCGUGCGACGAGGUCCAGCUGAAGCACAAAGGUCGCCACAACUACGACUGCUCGUACGUGGUCCGCGACCGCGGGGAGUACAUCGUCAUCGUCAAGUGGGGCGACGAUCACAUCCCUGGCUCUCCGUAUAAGGUUGAGGUUUAGGUUGUGAAGCAGUUGUGAAGUACCUAGUGGGGAAUUUAUAGAUGUCUUUGUAAAAUUAUUUUCAAGGACUUUAAUAUUACUGGCCAUUUGUACGAGUAUGAGGCGCAAGACUUUGAAUGGCAUCAAGUGGGUAUGGAAGGUUUUUCUGUAGCGUGAUUUUUUUGAAAGUCUUGUAAAUUAGUCUCUUUGAGAGCAGCUGUUUAGAUAAUUCCAGGAGAAAUUAUGCAGAAAGAGAUUCAAUAUAAGUGUGAUGUUAUUCAAGGUCCUGCGUUACUUGAUUUUAAUAGUAGGGUUAACGCUGGUCAAGUUCUAAAGGGACCCAGUGAUUAACAGUCCGCCGGACGGUAUCGGUCUGUCCGUUGUUCGAAACUGUCAAAAUUUUGUUCUAACUGACAGGCCGAUACCGUCCGAGGAUAUUUAUACAUUUAUGAAUUCCCCACAAACCCCCAAAAAUUUUGAAUUAGGUAUGAUAAUGAAAGUAUUAUAAAGGACGUUAGAUUUUGCUCAUGUUUUGGAUUUCUUCGCUCGGUUAUAAUAAAUAUCGAUAUCGGAAAGGCUUGAAAAAAAAAACGAAAAACGAUCUCUUAAGUGUAUCACAAAAAAAUAGUAAACCUUUCCGAUAUCUAGUUUUUGUACUUAUUUAUAUUUACUAUCAAGUUACCUUGUUCCUUCUUUGUUAUCUUAUUUUAUAUCAUUUCCUAUAUUUAUAGCAUUGUGAAGUUCUUAUCUAACAUGUUCAAGCUUUGAACACAUUAUUUGUAAGUUUUUGUCAACCAGUGCUUUUGAGAAAUUUUAUAUGUCUCUCGUUUAGUAUAUAGGGCGACUAAAUGACAAUACAUAUAAAGUAGUACUUGAAGUAUUCCCUACAUAUUUUAAGUCCUUUGAGGGUUAGUUCUGGAAAUCAUACGCACAUUUGUUUUGUCUAGUCUUAAAUGUUUCUUAACCUUUUUUGUUUAAAAAAAGUUUAUUGAAUGUUAAUCUUCAUUACUUUGAUCAACAUAAAGGUGACAAAAAUUUUUUUCUCAUCAAACUUCAAAAUUUGUAAAAUUGUCGUCAUUAUCAUUAUCUCCAAAGAUUUUGGGUAUAUCGUCUGAAAAUAGUGUAAAAAGUAAGGUAUUUUUUGUAGCUUUGUGUUGACUGAAGUAUUUUAGAAUGUGCCCAUAUUUUUCAGAUCGGACUGUAAACAGAUGACAGAUUUUUUCGAUCUCAAUUAUCAAAUCACUAACAAUUAUUCUGAGAAAUCUGUCCUUUGCUUUCAGUCUGAAUCUUCUUUGGACCUUAUUUAUUCUAAGUGAUCAUGUACCGUAAAAGUGCUCAACUAUGGGCCAAUACUACAUCUAUGGUCCAAAGUACGUGUCCGAGUUAUUUCUUCCAUUUAUGAAAAUAUAUAUCUUAGAACUGUGUCUUUCUAAUACUUAGGUACAUCUAAUGAAGACAUUCGAGUUAGUUUUGAACCAUAGUUGUUAAAUUUUGGACUAUAGUUGUUAUUUUUUGGACUAUUUGGGUGGUUUUACGGUAAUGGUUUAUACCGUAUGAUUUGCGCUGAAUGAACUGUUUUACCUACGUAGGUAGAAUUACCCUGUACGAUGUAAAUACCUAUUUUAAGUAUUUUAAUAUUUGCGACUGUUAACUAAAUAAACGGAAAAUCU